UAAUGAUUUUAAGGAUGACAAGAUGACGAAUGUAUAUUCAUUUGAUGGAGUUAUAAUAUUUGCAUUAUUGGUUAUAUGUACAACAGCUUAUCUAAGGAAAAUUCCUAAAAUUAGAGAUUUAUUUUUAUCAGAAAAGAAAGGUUUUCUGGGAAUAUUUUACAAAGCUUCUGUAGUGGGUAUCAGAUUACAUAUAGCUGUAGCCAGUUGUUGUGUUGCUUCUAGUCUAUACCUUCUUCUUAUUAAAUAAGAUGUUGACUUUUUGUCCUAUCUGUGCUAAUAUUUUGACAGUUGAAGAAGGUGGAAGAGGCUAUCGAUUUGCAUGUAGUACAUGUCCAUACAUCCAUAACAUCUCCAGACGAAUUAGCACUCGAAAGUAUCCAAAAUU